AUGACGGUCAUGAGAGUUAGCAAUGACGCCAAAUGUUUAUGCUUCCCGCUAACAUUGAGUGGGUCCGCGGAGGAAUGGUUCAAGAAGUUGGAACCAGGAUCAGUGGACUGCUGGAACAAGCUACAAGUUAGUUUCCGGAGACAGUUUGUCGCCGCGAGAAAGAUUAAUCUUGAGGUCAGUGCCCUGACUAACAUCCAGCAACUGCCCACGAAAACAUUGAAAAAUUUCAUAAAGAGGUUUAAGGAAGAAGCCUCGAAGACUAAGAAAGUUGACGACGGACAACAACUUGCACUUCUUCAAGCGGGGAUCCGUACAGGGACCCCAUUCUGGAACGAAUUACAGCAAGAAGGAGCCUCCAACCUUCAAGAUUUCCAGAAGAGAGUCCAAAGUUACAUCAACUUAGAAGAGGCCCAAAUAGUGGCUUAUGGGGAAUACUAUCCGACCAGAGUAGCAGGGUAUGUGCCCGGAGUCCAGCUCCCGGGAACCCUACCAUCGGCUACUCCACCAAUGAGCGACAUACAAUUCUCCACUACCCCAGGAUAUAAUCAGAGCCAGGCAUUGGCUCCCGCAUCUUCUCAUUAUGGGAAUCCUUCUGGGAUGAGUGGACAAGUCCCGUCUCACUCUGCUCCUGUUGCAAGCCUAGCUGGACCUUCUCAAGGCUCUCGGAGCAAGAGGUCCUCGAAAGGUAGCAACCGGACGGAGGACAAACGACAGAAAAGGGGGCAAAAUACGCAUUACCAGAGACCGCCUCCUCUGUACAGAGAUAGCUCCCGGAGGGAUCCCAACAAAAGAUGCGAAUACCAUAACGACAUUGGACACAUCACCAAUGAAUGCAAAAACCUUAAAGAUGAGAUCGAAAACUUGAUUCGAUUGGGUCAUCUCUACGAGUGGAUUAAGAACCGGCUGCCUCAUCUCAACCCGGUUCCAGCAGCGGGACCUUCGCCCCAGGGAACGCCAGGGGGUGCGCCCGCAGCGUUGGCACCAAUCGCUCCCCCGAGAGAACCUCAGCAGACUCCUGGCCUGCCACCGAGACCCAAUGGAAGAGUAGCUAUGAUCUCUAGAGGACCCCAUAUCAGAGGGACUACUCGAAAGGAAUUGAAGCGCUACGCCGAGGCUGUCAAACACAGCGAGGUUUGGGAAGUUACUCGGCUCCCAGCUCAGAGGCCCCAACUCAUGGAUCAACCGAUUACGUUCACAGAAGAAGACGCAAAGACGGUGCGUUUUCCUCACCAUGACCCUCUGGUCAUAGAGACUCCCAUCGCCAACAAGAUUGUGGCUAGAAUCCUAAUCGACAAUGGGAGUUCUGUGAAUUUGUUAUUUAAAGAAGCCUUCACAGCGAUAGGCCUCACAGACCGGGAUCUUUCGCCAAACUGCCCGACUGCUUACAACGCAAUCCUCGGCCGACCGGCCCUGGUGGACUUCGACGCAGUUACGUCGAUCAAGCACUUGUGUCUAAAGUUCCCUAAUAAGGAAGCUGGGGUAGGGAUCGUGAGGGGUAACCAGGGAGAGGUCAGGCAGUGUUAUAAUGUUGCCGCCGACCUACCAAUAUUGAUGGUCCGUGAAGUUAUUGAGCCGGGAACGGCAGAAGAGGAUGAGUUGGAUCCCCAUGUGGGAUCCAAAAAGUUGUAG